AUGCAGAAUACGCACGAAUCCGUUCAUUUCGAUGCCACUUAUUGGUGGGGAAUUCUCGAGAAUUUCGUUGCAACUCAAGGAAAUCAAGGCGAUGAAUGGAAGCAGCAACGCCCAGAACAUCAAUUGGAAUGGAUUCAAUAUCUCGCGAACGAUUUGCUCACUUUGAAACAACAAGUUGAACAACGUCAAAACUUGGCUCGUCUCUAUUUUGUGCCAACUUUCGUCAAUCAUUCACUAGAUUUCGAUAUUCAUUGGCCAGAGGAGAAACAACAGAGAGACGAUGCAUAUCUUGUAUAUAAAAGA